AUGAUUUACCACAUUUUGGAAACAUCGAUAUUGCCCCACGGUAAUAAAUCCUUGUGUCUGCUGCAGGAUCCUCCAAGUCAAUGCGGGCCAUUCUGUCUUACGGCCCUGAAGCCAAUGAUGGAUCACAUUGCCAUUCACCAGCAGGAGUGGAGCCCUUGCGAUGCUGCAAAGGUAAACGAGACCCAAUCGAAGCUGGACAGGAUAGGAGAACAGCAAGCUUCCGUGACGGAGACCUUAUCCAAACUUGAGACGUCUAUACAAGUCAAUAAUACUGCUUGGAAGAAGGACUUUGAAUCAAGGCUGGAGAAUUUUCAGUCGCAACAAAAUAAGUUGGAAAGCCAAAUUGCUCUUAUACUAGAGGAUCUAUCAAGGAUAUCUAAAAAACUUACCCUUAUGAAGUUUAAGCUAAUAGGCACAACAUAUUUCUACAUUGAGGACAGUAUAGAGCAGUCCUGGAUUUCUGCUGAACGUUCCUGUGGCGAGAUGGGCGGCCACCUGGCGAGCUUCCAAAACGAAGAAGAAUUUGAUGCCAUCCAAGGUAUGCUCGGGUAUAACCGAUGGUACUGGGUGGGCAUCAAUGACCGAGAUAGAAGUGGCCAAUACGUGUCUGUGGCCUCAGGGAGGCAAGCACCCUAUUUGGAAUGGGGGUAUGGCGACCCGGAUGACAGGGAUCACAGUCACAAUUGUGUCCUUAUAGGUAGACGAAAAAUGUGGGAUUCCGGAUGCAACGACAAGAAUCUUUUUAUUUGCCAGGCAGACGAUAAAUUCUAG